CUCGGCCACCGUAGCUCCACGCUCGGCGCACACGCACCGCGCUGACGUCAUGACGCGGCUCGGACGGAGCCGUGACCCCGCUGCUCGGGCUGAAGCGUCGCAGAUGUUCCGCAGCUGAAUCUCCGCAGUUUGACGGAAUGUGGCGCAGCGGCCUUUAGCGGAGCAGCAGCAGCAGCGGCGGCAGCAGGGGACCGCGGAGCCUGCGGAGCUCCUCUGGAGGUUUCACCGGAGUUUUCACCGGAGCGGCGGGUCGCUCCUCCGCUGUUUGUGUUUAGCUUCAGCGCAGCUAGCAGGCGAGCUAACUUGAGCUCGAGCUCCAGCUAACGGAGAGAAACCGAAACCACACGAGUCCGAGGUAUCAGCCUUCUAACGGCACCUACAUAUGGUCACUUCCUGGCUUUAGCAGCAGCUUGACCCUCCUCACCAUGGACUCCUGAAAUCCUCAGGUUUUAGCGACUCGUCCGGUCGCUCUGCGCUUGUUUUGGACCCGAGGUCACUGUUCAGCCUACAUCCUGACUGACUUCCCGAGCGAGAGGGAACGAUCAGAUGGGGAACUGCUGCUGUCACACUCAGAGUCCCUGUGGCAGCGUGGAGGAAAGAAGUGUUUUACUGAAAAAUGAUUCAAAGGCCACGAUGCCCGCUGGUGGAACGGUCGUGGAGGGCACUUGUGGUCCCAAUGAAGACGAUGACAUGAGGAUAACCCAUGACGAGGCUGAUAUAAAGGUGGAGGAGAAGCCUGAGCUCGUGCAGGUGAAGCAAAGUCCUAAGAACGGAUUGACGGAGCCCAAUAACACUCAGGAGAACGGACCCUUGAACACAGAGAGCCUCCAGACAGCAACUCCUUCCACUAUAUGCAAAGGGUCUAAACUCGAAGAAAACUCCACAAGAGCACAAGCUGAAGAUUUGAAGGAACCUUCAGAUGAUGGCGAACAAGAUGAACUUCUGAAAAGCACUUUAAACUCCCAGCAGAAGGUUCACACUGCAACUGAGUGGGAGGUUUUUACGGAAACAAAUGCGGUGCCAGAAGAAGAAAAUCCAGCCUCUGUGCAGGACAAAGCCCCAGAUGGUGUUUUACUAACAGCCCAGUCAGCCAGCCCUGAAAAACCUCCACUGCCUCCUGAAACGACCUCAACCACUGAGCACGUUACGAUGCGCACUUCUCACCAAGAUGAGGAAGAAACAGGCUCCAAGGUUAUGUUUGACGAAGCUGUAAACGAGCCAUCGGGGGAGUUUUCCACAAAUAGUGAAGUGUCUGUGCCAAACACUGAGCCGGCAGCUGCAGCUGGUCAGGUGAUGUCCGUCCCUGUGGUCAGUCAGGAGGCCGAUGGAGAGGCUCCCAGCUGUGAUGUGAAGGAGGAUUCAGAAGAUGGCGGUUCUUCAGUGUUAAAGCAGGUCGGUCCUGAAGCGAUAGAAAGCCACCAUGUUUCUGAGUCCUCCCUUGGAUCGGGAUGUGACCGCAGCAGCGAAGAGCGAGAUUCUGCCAAGUUCAUCAGGGAGUCAGAAACCGCAGCUCCGGCAGACGCCACCGAGAGCUCGAAGUCCGAUCAGAGUGUCAGACCAGACUCUGAGUGUUUGGAUACGAGCCUGAAGGAUGUUUCUUCCUCGGAGAACGACAAACAAGAUACUGGGGAGGAAACAAUGCUAAAAGAGCAGGAUAAAGAUGGAGAUGUUCCCCAAACGAAGGAGGAUGAUGUGAUGGAGGAGGAGAAUGCUCCCUCUGAGACUCCGGCUGGGAAGGAUUCUGAGAUGCAGGAGGUAACCGGAAAAGAGGAGCAGCUGGCAGGAAGUGCAGCCGCUGAUGUCGAGGUUGAAGUUGAAACAGUCACGGAGAAGGAAGAGUCUGCCGAAGCUCACCUGCAGAACAGUGAAGAAGACCUGUACAGAGGAGCGGAGGAACUCUCAGUGUCUCAACAUAACAAACCAGGACCAACAUCUGUGUUUGAAACUACACUUUUAAAGGUCGAGGACAGAUGCAGUUUGGCCCCAGCCUUGGACAUUCUGUCGUACAGUGAGAGGGAGUGGAAAGGAAAUACUGCCAAAAGUGCUCUCAUCAGAAAGGGUUAUAAAGAGAUGUCCCAGAGGUUCAGCAGCUUGAGGAGAGUGAGAGGGGACAACUACUGUGCACUCAGAGCCACGCUGUUCCAGGUUCUGUCCCACAGCACCCAGCUACCUGCCUGGCUGCGGGAGGACGACGCUACAAUGCUGCCGGAGCAUCUAGAGGCACAGGAAGGUCUCAUAAGUCACUGGACGUUUCCUGACGAAUGCCUGCAGGGAGACGGAACAGGAGACGUCACCCAGCAGCUCAAAAGCUACAUGGAGCUUCUCCGAAAUAAGUGGCAGGCAGCCGUGGACUGUUCCUCCGCUGCAGAGCGGCAUCAGCUGUGCGAGCGAGUGUUCAAGGGUGGCGAGGAAGAGCUCGGGCUGCUGGAGGCGCUCAAGCUGCUGAUGCUGGGCAGAGCGGUGGAGCUGCACGGCUGCAUGCAUGCCACCGGAGAGGUUCCGCUCUUCUGCUGGCUGCUGUUCGCACGCGACUCAUCCGACUGCCCACGCUCCUUCCUCUCCAACCACCUCAGUCACGUGGGCCUCAGUGCCGGGCUGGAGCAGGUGGAGAUGUUCUUGCUGGGCUACGCCUUGCAUUGCACCAUUCAAGUUUACAGACUUUACAAGGCCGACACAGAGGAGUUUGUCACCUACUACCCGGACGACCACAAGGACGACUGGCCUUCUGUGUGCCUCGUCACCGAGGACGACCGCCACUACAACGUCCCAGUGAUAGAAGCUGCAGAGCUACACGAGGAGCUCGACUCGAGCUGACUCCGCUGCAGAACAAAAAUCUCCUGCCAUAAAAAUAAAACACUCCUCAGGUUGUUCAAGAUGAAUAGAUUUACACCAAUUAUAAGGAUAGUUCAACAUUUUAGGGAAGAUGCUCAUUUGUCUUUCUGCUCAGAUAUCUGAUGAGAAGAUGAAUCAGUCCUGCAGGGUUUCUGAUCCAACAGCCCGAUAUUCUGAUACUGGUUUAUCGGCCAAUAUCUAUUUAAUAAAAGAAUUGGCAAUGACUCUUAAGAUGUCGUUACUAAACUCUUAGGACAAAGAGAUGUAAUUGAUAUUUUACAGUUUAACCUUAAACUUUAUAAAAACUGUAAAUAAGAAGAAAAUACAACCAAAUAUAUAGAACUUGUCUGUUUCCAGUCUUUAUGCUAAGAUGAGCUAAUAAGCUGCUGGCUGUUUGUUCAAAUGUACAGAAACAAGUUGUACCGGUCUUCUCAUCUAUCUCUGUAAGAAAGCAAAUAAGCUUAUAUCCUAAAACGUUGGAACGAUUCCUUCAAAAAAAAAUAUGCUGAUCGAGACCCUGUACAAGUUGUGGUUUACACACAUUUGUACACACUGUACUGUAAACAGUUUUCUAUUUGGGUACAUGUACAUAAGUAAAUGUGUAUCUAAUAAUGUAGGGAACAUUUCAUUUGAGUUUUUGAAAGAGAAAAUGCACUUUUUUUCUGAGCAGGCUUUUAGGUUUGAUCAUUUUCUCUUUUAAAAUCCUGAUCAAAAUACAGUUGAGUAGCCGACAGCACCAAAUCACCAGAUGUUUGGUGUUUACACUGGAAUUUGGGCACUUCAAUUUGUGUGUUUAUUUAUUCUUCUUCAUUUUGUAGUAAAAAUGCUUUUUAAAUGAUGUAUGACAGUCAGAAGUGAAAUGGCUGAAUUAGAAAGAGGAGUUUGAUGAUUUAUCAGGUUUGCACUAGAUGGUAUUUAGGGGACUCUGAAGAUUGAUCAGCCUCUGUGUCAGAGGUGAUGUGUGUGUGUACGUCUGCGAGUGUGUGUGUGUGUGUGUCAGUGUCAAACUUGAUGUGUAACAUGCUGCCUUUAACCAAGCUGUUCUGAAGGGACAAGAAAAAAAUGUGCCAAUGUUGCUUCAGACACUGGCAACAGUCCAAACCACCAGCCACUGGAUUUAGUAGACAAGGCUCGCUUGGUCCUCCAUGUUGCCUUAGAAAUAAUGCACAAUAAGAAUGAAUGUUGGAUGUUAGUGAUGACGUGAGGCCAUUUCCGUGCCCUGGUCUCAGAGCAGGUGAUGAGUCAACAGUAAAACAGUGAUUAUGCCAUUUUGCAGGAACGAUCUUGCACUGUUAGACUUUUGGAUGGCAUUUAAAAAUAAAA